AUGACCGACCAGAUCAAGGCUACUUUCGCCGCAAAGGCAGCCAAGAACGAGGCCGUCUUUGUCAGCUUCGUCACCGCCGGUUACCCCACCAAGGAUGACACAGUCGAGAUACUCCUCGCUCUCGAGCAGGGAGGUGCCGAUGUCAUUGAGCUCGGCGUCCCCUUCUCCGACCCUCAAGCCGACGGUCCAGCGAUCCAGGAGAGCAACCAGGUCGCGCUGGAGCAGGGCGUCGGCUACACCCAAUGUCUCGACUACGUCCGACAGGCACGCUCAAGAGGUCUCAAGGCUCCUGUCCUCUUCAUGGGCUACUACAACCCUACACUCGCAUACGGCGAAGACAAGGCGGUCGCAGAUGCCAAGGCAGUCGGCGCAAACGGUUUCAUCAUGGUCGACCUGCCCCCCGAGGAGGCUGCCGACUUCCGUGCCUCCUGCACAAAGCAUGGCCUCUCCUACGUGCCCCUCAUCGCCCCUUCCACCUCGACCCAGCGCAUCAAGCAUCUUGCCUCCCUUGCCGACUCGUUCAUCUACGUCGUCUCCAAGAUGGGCACCACCGGUGCUACCACCACCGUCUCCACCUCGUUGCCCGAGCUCAUCUCCAAAAUCCGCAGCAUCACCCCCAUCCCCCUCGCCGUCGGCUUCGGUGUCUCCACCCGUGAGCACUUCAUCGAGGUCGGCGAGCACGCCGACGGUGUCGUCAUCGGCAGCAAGCUGGUCGCUAAGCUCAAGGAGGCUCCCGCCAACACCGCCGCCCGUGUCGAAGCCGCCCGCGCCUACUGUGCCGAGAUCACAGGCAAGAACGAGGGUGGCAUCCAGCGCAAGGCGGCGCUCAACAUCAAGCAGGUCAUGGACCAGCCCGACUCGAUCCCCGUUCCUAAGGUCGAUGCCGUUGUGCCCGCCGACCGCCCACCCGUGCCCGGUCUCGACACGAUCGUCGAUGGAGAGGGCAAGGUCCGUCCUCCUCGCUUCGGCAAGUUCGGCGGCCAGUACAUCCCCGAAGCGCUCUUCGAUGCGCAUCAGGAGCUCGAAAAGGCCUACCUCGACGCCCUCAAAGAUCCCGAGUUUUGGAAAGAGUUCGAGAGCUACUACGAGUACAUUGGUCGUCCUUCCGAGCUCUACCCCGCCGAUCGCAUGACCGAAGCCGCCGGCGGCGCGCAGAUCUGGUUCAAGCGCGAGGAUCUCAACCACACGGGUUCGCACAAGAUCAACAACGCCGUGGGUCAGAUUCUCCUUGCCCGUCGACUGGGUAAGACGCGUAUCAUCGCCGAGACCGGUGCGGGGCAGCACGGUGUUGCCACCGCCACUGCCUGCGCCAAGUUCGGCCUCGAGUGCGUCGUCUACAUGGGCGCCGAGGAUGUGCGUCGUCAAUCACUCAAUGCGUUCCGCAUGAAGAUGCUGGGUGCCAAAGUGGUGGCGGUCGAGAGCGGAUCCAAGACGUUGAAGGAUGCGAUCAACGAGGCGAACCGCGAUUGGGUGACCAACCUGCACAACACGCACUACAUUGUCGGUUCGGCCAUCGGACCGCAUCCGUUCCCGUCGAUCGUGCGCGACUUCCAGUCGAUCAUCGGUAAAGAGGUGAAGCAGCAGUUGCAGGAGAAGAAGGGCAAGCUGCCGGAUGCGGUGGUGGCGUGUGUGGGAGGUGGGUCGAAUGCUAUUGGCAUCUUCCACCCUUUUGUUGGUGACAAGAGUGUGAGGUUGAUUGGGGUGGAGGCGGGUGGUGAUGGGAUUGACACGGCGCGUCACUCUGCGACGUUGAGCAAGGGUACACCUGGUGUUCUCCACGGCGUACGAACGUAUCUGCUCCAGGAUCAGUUCGGACAGAUCACCGAGACCCACUCGAUCAGUGCCGGCCUCGACUACCCCGGUGUCGGCCCCGAGCAUUCGUUCCUCAAAGACUCCGGUCGCGCCACCUACAUGGUCGCUACCGACGAAGAGGCGCUGCGUGGCUUCAAGCUGUGCACCGAGCUCGAGGGCAUCAUCCCCGCCCUCGAGACGAGCCACGCCCUCUGGUCCGCCUUCCACUUGGCCAAGGAGAUGCCUAAGGACCAGGACCUCGUUGUCAGUCUGAGUGGAAGGGGUGACAAGGACGUCGAGCAGAUCGCUAAUGCGAUUGCUACUGGCGGUUGGGGCGAGAGGCUUGGUUGGAACAUCGCUUGA